ACAGCCCAGCAUGCACUAGCGACAUCUAUCAGUCUACUUCGACAUUCUUUUCGACUAGUAGACAAUCCCUCCGUCUAGAAGAUCGGGAAACUGCAACUUUUUCGCACGAAAAUGGCCUGCUCGGCGGUACGAGCUCCCCUUUUGCGUAACACCACGGUCAGGCACUAUGCCGCCGUUGCUGCAACGCAAUCUGCACCAGCCCAAAACCUGGACAUUCAGGUUCUAAGCAACAAAAUCACCGUUGCUACCCUGGACAAUGAUAGUCCUGUUACUCAAGUGUCUAUCAUAUUCAAGGCAGGACCACGCAAUGAAACGUAUGACACGCUGGGCACAUCACAUAUUCUGAGAUUGGCUGCAGGGCUAGCAACUAAUCGCUCCAGUGCAUUUGGUAUCACAAGAAACAUUCAGCAAAUUGGAGCAAAUCUAAUAGCCACCACGGAUCGUGAAAGCAUUGCCUAUACUCUGCAAUGUACCCGCGAUAAACUAGGUGUUGGACUUCAGUUCUUGGAAGAUGUUGCUACACGUCAAUUAUUCAAACCAUGGGAAUUAAACGACCAGAUUCCACGCUUGCGCUAUGAGCUUUCAUCUAUUCCAGAGACAACUCGGGUCCUUGAACUACUACACAAAGCUGCCUACCGCAAGGGUCUUGGUUACUCACUCUACUGCCCUAAGCAGCGCAUUGGCAAAAUUGGUUCAGAAACUCUUCAACAUUUUGUCAGUACAUGGUUCACUGGCCCAAGAUGCGCGGUUGUCGCUACAGGGGUUUCUCAAGAACAGCUCAAUGAAUUUGCCUCUGAGCUGCAAGUGGGAUCGAGCGAAUCCAGUGGUGAACCUGCUCGAUACUUUGGCGGUGAACUCCGCAAGGACCGUUCAUCACCUCUUGCUACUGUAGCUGUCGCUGUAGAAGGAGCGGGACUGAACAAAGAAAAAGAGGCCCUAGCUUUGGCGAUAUUGCAGAGAGCUGCUGGGACCGGGCCUCAUGUUAAGUGGGGAUCAACUUCGUCCCCGCUUUACCGAACUGUUGCCACAGCAGCGGGUAAAGAUCCUUUUGCAGUAUCAGCAUUGAAUGCGAGCUACUCCGACUCGGGAAUAUUCGGUUUUAUUUUAACAGCACCUGGAAAUAUUGCAGGAACUCUAACGACUGCAGCCAGUAAAUGGCUACUCAAGCCUGCAGUUACAGAUGCAGAUAUUUCUCGCGGUAAAGCAGAAUUGAAAGCUUCUGUUCUGUACGAUACUGAUAAUUCCGUUUCAAGACAUGAGUCUCUCACACAGCAGGCUUUGAUUAAAGGCACUGUAGCAUCUCCAAGUGCGAUUAUUGCCGAAAUUGAAAAAGUCAGUGCCGCCGAUGUUAAAAACGUGGCUGCCAAAAUUAGCAAGGGUAAACUGUCCAUGGCCGGAAUUGGCGAUCUUGGUACAGUUCCAUAUCUUGAAGAAUUGAAAUAGGAACAGAGUGAAAUAGAGAGAUCGUCAAUCGUUUAGUUCUAUUUAACAAUGGAUAUCUAUUUAUCAGAAAUCACAAGAGCGUCGCUAGAGCAUCGAUCAUAAAGUGAUGGCCUUCAUGGUAUUACAAUUCCUGUAAUUGUGUAUAUAUUACCGAAUAAUAAACAGUCGAACUGUAA